CGUCGUCGGUUGCUAGGUUAUUCACCCGGAAGAGCACGGUAUUCAUCUUCCAGCUGACUGGGAUGGAUCGAUAAAUCAAGAUAAGAGAUAACUACCAUCCACCCUUUUAGCAGAUUAACGUUACAUGGGUGAAGUCAAUAAAUUGAGGAUUUCUCCUUUAUACUUUGCAUUAAAUUCCCCUUGAAGGCGAUUGAACCAGACAUCACGAUUGGAUGAAAAUCAUUAUCCUUUGCAGGUGUCUCAGGCAGGGUGGAUCCAGCUAGCUGGGGCUGAUGACCGGUUGUUUGACAAGAAGAUUAGAAGAUCGAUUUCCAGUCGCUCAGGCCAGUCGCUGGGGUCUAAGGGAACGGCGAAGGUGGGCACCGGGCCUCGCCCAGCUGCCGCCACCUGGAAGUGAGGUGGUAAUGUCCAAUGCCUCACUGUCCCUUCACUGACCUCUCGUUGCUCUUCCUGUGUCAUUCAUGGGGUAAAGGGGGUCGGGGGCAAGGGACGACCCAAACAGAGGGAUGGAAGGAUGACAGGGAGGGAGGGAGAGGACCCAGUAAGCUCUGAGGACCCUGCCAUACAUCACAAGCAAGGACACGUGUGUGUCAGUAAAGAAAGGGUCACACACACUCACGUUUAUCAGAAGCUCUGUAUAAUACAGUAAAUAAUAGCAUUUAUCAACCGUUUAUAUAGCAAUGGGAAGGGGCGUUCUCAGAUGACUGUUAGAGGAUUUCAAUCAAUGCACCUGUUUGAAUAAUGUUUACAUAUAUUGUUGUGGAAUUGUUUUACUUUGAAUGUUUUUUAUGUUUUCAAGCAGAAUAUUUGCUAGGUUAAGACACAUUGACGUGUGUAAUUAUUCUGUUCAUGUCUGAAAACCGACAUGUUUCACCUCUUUAUUCUGAAAUGCAUGACCCGAAAAGCAUUUGCUAUUUGUUGACUGUAUAAAACAUAGUGUAAUGGACAAUGCUAACAACAAACGAAAGUAAGACUGGAAAGUGAGCUUUGAAGCGUUUGCUUUUCAAGCCACUGGAGUAGGCUAUAAAGUGUAUAAGGCUACAGUAUGCAUAGGACAGUCAAUGUAUUGGAAUUACUUUUAUAAAACUGAGAGACUUGUUCAAUGUUUGGUUAUACAACUUUACUUUUGAGUUGUUACUCAUAAAUUCAACUUUGGGAUAAAGAAAUGCUUUCACAGUUAAAUAUCUGGAUAUAAAGUGAUGAGGUCAGCUCUUCAAACGUUGAAGUACCUUUCAUUUUGUGUUGUGGAUGACAUUGCCAUGCCAACAAAUAUUUUCCUGUGCUGUGACCUUGGAGGGGUGACCUCGAAACCAGGGUUGCGUCCCAAAGGGCACCCUAUUACCUAUGGGCCCAGGUUAAAAGUAGUGCACUAUAUAGGGAAUAGGGUGCCAUUUGAGACACUGACCAGAACACCCUUGGUCUGCCUGUGUGUUUAAGAUAAUCCCAUUCUGGUCACAGUGUGUGGUCACCUCGAGUGGUUGGCAUACAAGAGACUAAAGCUGAAGUGGCUACUGAGCUACAACAGACUGAACCAUUCUGAUUGUGUGAAAGUGAACAUGAUGUAAUAACCCAUAGAGUAUCUUUAUUCAUUUCUUAUAUACAGUACCAUACACACCACCCCACCUCACUGUGGUCCCCAGAGUUGUUAAAGGGAUAGUUCACCCAAAGGAAACCAAUAUGUAAUUUUGUAAUUUGGGUAAAUUAUCACUUUAACAGUCACCAUUAGGUUUUGCCUUUAAUGACGUGGGCUUUUUUGUAUAGAAGACUGUACCAUGUUUUAUAUAUACUAAUAUGGUGCUGCUGCCUUUGUCUUACAGAUGGUUUUAGUACACAAUGAAAUAUACACUGUUACAUUAAAAUAACGUAUUUUGAUGUACUUUUGACACUAUUUGGUUAUGCAUUUCAUGUCAUCCUUUUACCCUCAUUCUUUGUUGCAUACAGGUAGUUGCAAUUAUAUAUUUUUUAUAUACAUGUACUGAAUAUAGGAAUUAUAACAUGCAAUGUUUUUGGUUUUUAAAUGUAUUAAUAAUUCCUGGUGCCUCAAAUGUCUGCAUGUAAUAAAUCCAAUUAAACAAUG